AUGCCCCUACCUUACGCCUCGUAUGGACUUCGAGCCGGAAAGCGACCUCUUAUCUCCGCAAUUACCUCUCAGCGACGCGCCUACAAUGUUGCUGUCGUCGGAGGUGGCAUCACCGGCCUGACAGCCGCGUGGAAACUUAUGCGGGACCCCAAAUGCACCGGCAUCACACUCUACGAAAAAUCACACAAAUUAGGCGGAUGGAUGGAAUCAGAAGAAAUUACUGUUGAUGACGGCAAAGUGAUAUUUGAAUAUGGCCCACGCACAUUGAGAUGGACGAAGGCAACAGGGGAGUGCAUCAUGGAAAUGGCAGACUCAAUUGGACUGGGCGAUCAAUUAAUCUUUACAUCGAAAUCAUCUUCGGCGGCAAUGAAUCGGUACAUCUACUAUCCCGAUCAUCUCGUUCGUUUGCCUGGGCCCAUCCCCGGUUUGAGCUACAUGCAGAAUUUGGCGAUGAUUUUUCGGUCAUUCAUUCAGGAGCCUUUGCUCAGACCACUUAUUCCAGCCAUUCUUUUUGAGCACAUCAAGCCUGCUCGCAUGCCCGACGAAUGGCAGAAAGAUGAAUCCGUCUCGAGUUUUAUUUCACGUCGUUUCAACCCCCAAGUUGCAGACAACCUUGUCUCCGCAAUGAUGCACGGCAUUUAUGCGGGAGAUAUUGAUAAACUGAGUGCCCAAACUCUACUAGGUCCUAUUCGCAAUCUCGAAGGCAACGGCAUUAUCUAUAGUAUGAUCAUGAAUGCAUGGAAUCGCACAAAAAGCCAGCCGAUGGAUGAUUCCUUGAUGGCUGUGGAGGGAAGAAUGAAAAAUUCAGGCAAGACGAUCGGCCAAAGGCUUCCAGGGCUCUGCGGAAUGGGUGGCUCCGCUAGUACUUUUACUUUCAAAGGUGGCAUGCAACAGUUCGUCGAUGGACUUGUUUCCGCCUUGAGCAAAUCGGACAAAGUCAAUAUCAAAACCCAGGCGGACAUUCGAACGAUCUCACAUAAGCCAGGAAAUUACAGCCCUAUGGAGGUUUCUACCCCUGAAAGCCAGGAAUCAUACGAUCAUGUCAUCGCCGCUAUCCCCGCCCCUGCGUUGACCAAAAUCCUCGCCGCACCGCCUCAAUCGACGAACCACCCUGUGGUUGCAGGGCAUUCUAGCCCAAGGCUGCCAAGUGAUACGAUCCAGAAACUCAAGUCAUUCGAUUAUGCUACCACUGUCAUGGUCGUCAAUCUUUAUUACUCCAACCCCAACCUUCUUUCCAGGAGUGGUUUUGGAUACCUCAUCCCGCGCUCCACUCCCGCUAGUGAGAACCAGGAAUGUGGACUAGGCGUUAUAUUCGCUAGCGAGUCCAGUUCCGGCAGGGAAAUAGCAGAAUGCGAAGAUGCCGGAGCCGGUGCAUGGCGGAUUAAAAGCCAACCCGUCGAACAGGACACCGCCAAGGGUACCAAACUGACUGUGAUGAUGGGUGGUCACUACUGGGACCAUUUUAGACCCGGCGACUAUCCAGACCAUGAAACUGCCAUCAGUAUGGCAUGCAACAUGCUCAAGCGGCAUCUUGGUAUCACAGAUAAACCUGCUAUUGCGCGAGCCCGACUGCAACAGGAUGCCAUCCCUCAAUAUACUGUGGGUCACCUGGACCGCAUGUAUGAGCUGUCCAGGACGGUCAAGCGUGAUUUCGAUCAGAGACUUGUCCUUACUGGAAAUUGGUACAACGGAGUCGGUGUCGGGGACUGUAUCAAACAGGGCAUAAUGGCUGCAACAUAUGGUGUCGGGUACAAACUUCCACCUAGGAUGACUGAAUUUGCUCACACAGAUCAGGAUUAUCAUUUGGCAUUUGACUGCGAGAACUGGGACAUGCAAGGUGGUAUACCAACAGCGCCAAUCCGAAUCGUGGACGUGCAACCCCGCUAA